UAAAGAGCCAGAGUCUUUGCUGCCGUAAAAUCGUCGCAAGCGGAGAACGAUCGUUUUACGGCACCGAAAGACCCCGGAAGCGAAGAGGAAAAGCAUGGGAGGCAUGGAAAGAGGCGAAGGCUAAGCUGGAAGGUGUAAAAAUCCUCCAUAUUGAAGCAUUUCUUGGUUGUUGUUUUUAAAAAAAUGCUUUACUUGAUUGGUCUUGGACUUGGAGAUGCCAAAGAUAUUACAGUAAAAGGGCUGGAAAUAAUAAAGCAGUGUAGCAGAGUAUAUUUGGAAGCCUACACUUCUAUCCUAACUGUUGGAAAAGAAGCACUGGAAGAUUUCUAUGGUAAAGAGCUGAUCCUUGCUGACAGAGAUAUCGUAGAGCAAGAUGCUGAUAGUAUCCUGAAAGAUGCACAUCAAACUGAUGUGGCUUUUCUUGUAGUUGGCGAUCCUUUUGGGGCAACUACACAUAGUGACCUUGUUCUCCGGGCUGUGAAGCUGGGAAUUCCCUACAGAGUGGUCCACAAUGCUUCCAUAUUGAAUGCUGUUGGCUGUUGUGGUCUGCAGCUCUAUAACUUUGGAGAAACAGUUUCUAUUGUAUUCUGGACAGACACGUGGAAGCCUGAGAGUUUUUUUGACAAAAUUAUAAAAAACAGAAAAAAUGGAAUGCACACUCUAUGCUUACUCGACAUUAAAGUGAAAGAGCAGUCAGUGGAGAAUCUCAUGAGGGGGAAAAAAAUCUUUGAGCCACCACGCUACAUGAGCGUGAAUCAAGCAGCCAAGCAACUUCUUGCCGUUGUCCAGAAUCGGCGGCUACAGGGUCAAGAGCCAGAAGUAACUGAGAACACUGUCUGUGUAGGCUUAGCAAGAGUCGGUGCACUGGAUCAGAAGAUUGCAUCAGGUACUCUACAGGAUAUGACUACAGUGGCCCUUGGCGAUCCUCUGCACUCUAUGAUCAUAACCGGAAUAUUGCAUCCCUUGGAAGUAGACAUGCUUAAAUUAUUUGCAGUAGAUAAAUCCAUCUCUGAACAACACUGAAUUGGAAACUCUUUAUGCCUUACUUGGAACAGAAGAUGGUAAAUUCCUUCUUGACUACUCUACACUACUACUCUAGACUCCUAGAGUCUACUUACUACUUGUAGACUACUCUACAGAGAAGUAGCUCAUAUCCUGCUGAAGAAGACAGCUAGCAAGCCCAAUUGUGAUUCCUUAUGGCUCAGGCUCAAUGCGUACAACUUGUAAAAGUUUUGUUACUUGGCAGAAGUGAAAUAAAAAUUGAGAGUAUUUUGAUUCCACCUGUACAGCUGGUGAUGGGAGAACACUCAGUAUGGCAAAAAAAAAGAACAUUCAAAACAUGAAAUUUAGCACUUGGCUAGAAUUGCUCAUUGUUUGCAAUGUUAGACUUCAAAGACCAAAAAAAAAAAAAUUUGUAAGAAAUCUGUUCCUAUCUUGAUGGGAGAUAUCCCAAGGGAGUAAAUGUAUGCCUGAACUACACCAUUUCCAACUGCAGAUAAUGACAAUGGUAACAGUAGCAGUAGAUAAAGCUUGAAUUGAACCAACCUUUGCUGAGCUGAAGUUCAAAAACCUUUGCUGAGCUGAAGUUCAAAAACCCAGUUUCAGCCCUCAUUCAUUGACAGGACAAGGCACCUCAACCCAAGUCCUGAUCAAUGAAAUAGUUCAGUAUUUUCUGUACCAGAAUAGGGAUGGGGCCAAAUGGGUUUAUGGAGGAACAGUAUUCUAGUGGGCAGGAGUCAUGACAGUGAAACCAUCCCCCCAAGCACCAAAGCACGCCCACCCUGUUUGAUCUUACAGGAUGGGCAGAAGAAAUUGGUGCAAGUUAGUCCUACAAAUAAUCAAGCCUUGAACCAGGUAGGGCUUUAGAGGUGAUAUUGCACUUGCUCACAGAGCAGAGAUAUCACAUGAGUGAGAUGGGCAGCGCUAUCAGUCUGCUAAACAAAUACCUACUUGUACAACUCCAUGCUGGACCAAAUGUGCUUUUCAAAUGCAAUCUUGCAUGGACCACAUGAUAGAAAUCCAAAUAAAAGGUAUCUAAACUAUGAGUAAUCAUGAGAAGGCUCUCUCAGCUCAGGAGAUGCACAUACAAUUGGCACACAACAAUGAAACCAUGUAAGAGGUGAUAGAAAAGCAGAUCGGGCACUGGUUGUAUGUCAGUUCAGUGCAAGAUGAGAGAUUUUUGGACUGUCCAUGCAAAUAAUUCCUCACAGAGAAAAGUAACCUUUACAGAAGCUGCUUUAGAAUUGCCUUACUAGUUCCCUGCACAGCUUCGCCAAAAAAUUCAAUGGUGUACAGCAGAGAGAAGGCAUACAGGCCACCAUGCAAUUUCAAAAAUGGAACCCAUCAGUAUAUGCAGCCAAUGGUUCAUAAUUCUCAUACAUCCUUUAUUUCUUUUUCCCCUCAAGGGUUUUUUCUCUCUUUUUACAGCAUGUCCUUCCAAAAAUGAAGAGCUAUGCCCUUCCAAAUGAAAUAGAUUCAAAAAGAUCUCUAGACUGUGCCUGUGUAGCAAGCAGAAGGUAUCCACUUUCAAAUAUAUCUGAUGUAGGAAAUUGACCUUGGAGUUGGUUCAGGGUACUGUUUUUAUUGAGUCCACCUGCUCCAUACUUUUUCUGGAGAUUUGGAGGUUCCAAAAGAUUUUCUAAGAAGAUUAAGGAAUGUCAUCUUUUCUGUGCCAUUUCCCUGAAGAAGUACCUCAACACUGCCUUGAGUUUAUGCAGAGAAUGGGAGAUAAAUCUAACCAAACCAACCUCACAUUAUCUCUGCAUCUUUUGAUUCACAUAUUGUGUUUUACUAAUGUGUGACUAGCUGCUAUUAUGCAUAAACCACAAUGUACAGCUUACUAGGGUCUAUGACAUCUCCGUCUUUUUGCCAAUUAGACGAGAACUUAAGAAUGGUUUAAAAGAAUGUAUUUCACCCCAAGAACUACAUAAACAAUAUAUGACCUUUAAAAAAAGUUUUAUUGAUAGGAAAAAUUGAUCCCAAAUAUCAUGUCAAACAUUUUUGCUGUUUCAAUAAAGACUGUAUUUAAAGUAGGAAAAAAUAAACCAAUAAAAUGUUCAAUAUUGCACUGGC